UUUCGUCUUCUUCACCGUUGUAAUGCGGCUGUUGCGGUUGAGAACCAUGUCCCCCGCCGCUUUCCUCCUCUCCACGUCCCACUCUUCUCUUCUUCUUCGAAACCCACACUCUGAUUCCUUCUUCUCUCCUGUAUCCAAUCGGUUGCACUUCCAUGCCCGUUUCCCCAAUAUCCUCUCCUCUACCGCCUGCCGCACCGCCUCUCUCCGUUCCUUUGCUUCCCUCGCGACUUCGGAUAAGAUCAAAGUCCGGAACCCAAUCGUCGAGAUGGAUGGGGAUGAAAUGGCACGGGUAAUUUGGAAUAUGAUAAAAGAUAAGCUUAUAUUCCCGUAUUUGGAUUUGGAUAUCAAGUAUUUUGAUCUGGGAAUCCUCAACCGCGAUGACACAGAUGACAAGGUUACCAUUGAAAGUGCGGAAGCCACCCUCAAAUAUAACGUCGCUGUGAAAUGUGCCACUAUAACACCUGAUGAAGGUAGAGUUAAGGAGUUUAAACUCAAGAAAAUGUGGAGGAGCCCGAAUGGCACUAUUAGAAACAUACUAAAUGGAACUGUUUUUCGUGAGCCAAUAAUAUGCCGGAAUAUACCACGCAUUGUUCCAGGUUGGAAGCUUCCCAUUUGUAUUGGGAGGCAUGGAUUUGGAGAUGUGUAUCGUGCAACUGAGAUGAUUGUUGAAGGUCCAGGGAAGCUUAAAAUGGUUUUUGUUCCUGCAGAUGGUAUAGAGCCUGUGGAGCUGAGUGUCUAUGAUUACAAAGGUCCUGGAAUUGCAUUAGCUAUGUAUAAUGUUGAUCAGUCUAUUCGUGCUUUUGCUGAGUCAUCAAUGGCAAUGGCAUAUAAAAAAAGAUGGCCUCUUUAUCUGAGCACUAAGAAUACUAUUCUGAAGACAUAUGAUGGCAGGUUUAAAGACAUAUUCCAGGAAGUAUAUGAACAAAAUUGGAAGGUGAAGUUUGAGGAACAAUCGAUAUGGUAUGAGCAUCGUUUAAUUGAUGACAUGGUUGCUUAUGCUGUAAAAAGUGAGGGUGGGUAUGUGUGGGCUUGUAAAAACUAUGAUGGAGAUGUUCAGAGUGACUUUGUUGCACAAGGAUUUGGUUCUUUGGGCUUGAUGACAUCUGUGCUGUUAGCAUCAGAUGGGAAAACAUUAGAAGCUGAAGCCGCUCAUGGGACGGUGACCCGCCAUUAUAGAGUAUACCAGAAGGGCCAGGAAACAAGUACAAACAGUAUUGCGUCCAUAUUUGCCUGGACAAGGGGUCUUGAGCAUAGAGGGAAGCUGGAUAAGCAUGACGAGCUGCUAGAUUUUGUGCAGAAGCUCGAGUCUACUUGUGUGGAGACUGUAGAGAGUGGUAAAAUGACCAAGGAUCUAGCUAUCAUUGCUCAUGGCCCUAAGGUAUCAAGGGACUUUUACCUGAGCACUGAGGAAUUCAUUGAUGCUGUUUCUGAGAAUUUAAACAAGAAGCUUCAACUUGCUGCUGUCUAGCAAUUAUUAAGGGAUAUUAUUCUCUUGAUUAUCUGCCCGAUGUGAACUGAUCCACACUGAAGAUCUGGCCGAUGCAGAGCAUUUUUUUUUUAAACCAAUUUACAGAUCAGUGCAACCUCUCAGACUUUAGGAAAAUAAAAUUGAGUGCAAUACUGACCUUUUCUGCAGUUUUGUAUACUGGUUGGCGUUUCUAAGUGCAAACAUUCUCUGGAAGUAGAAUAGAAUGUACCUCAUUAAUAAAUGGAUGGGCAUCUGUUUUGUUUGUGCCUACUGACUAGCA